CUUUACUUCCUCUGAGUUGACUCGGCGUUUUCAAUUGCAAUUCCUUUUUCUAAUUCUAUAACCUUCACCACCACGAAGAUUAGAAUAAGAAACACAGAUCGAGGAGUUCUUCAAAUUCUUCGUUUCUUUUUCCUCCUUCAUUGGACGCGCAAUCGAUUCCCAUUAGAUUGGUGCGUAAUCUGGUAGCGAUCUUGUUUUGAUAAAGAUAUUGAUUGGGUUGGGCUCAUUGGAGGGCGGAUUUGAUGGAUUCGUCGUCGAAUCAAUCUGAGUUUGAUUACUUGUUCAAGUUGUUGAUGAUUGGGGACUCGGGGGUUGGUAAAAGUAGUCUGCUAUUGAGUUUCACUUCUGAUAGCUUCGAGGAUCUCUCACCAACAAUCGGUGUGGAUUUCAAGGUAAAGUAUGUUACUGCUGGGGGUAAGAAGCUAAAGCUUGCAAUUUGGGAUACAGCUGGGCAGGAGAGAUUCAGAACAUUGACGAGUUCGUACUACAGAGGUGCUCAAGGGAUCAUUAUGGUUUAUGAUGUUACACGGAGAGAGACAUUCACAAAUCUGUCUGAGGUAUGGGCGAAGGAAAUAGACCUAUAUUCAACAAAUCAAGACUGCAUCAAGAUGCUUGUUGGAAACAAAGUUGAUAAGGAAAGUUAUAGGACGGUAACAAAGAAGGAGGGAAUUGACAUGGCCAGGGAAUAUGGUUGUCUUUUUAUAGAAUGCAGUGCCAAAACUCGAGUUAAUGUACAACAAUGCUUUGAAGAACUUGUUCUAAAGAUUCUCGAUACGCCCAGCCUUUUAUCUGAAGGCUCUAAAGGAGUGAGAAGGAACAUUUUCAAGGAAAAGCCUCCACAGCCCGACGCAUCCACAAGCAGUUGUUGCUGAAAUUGAUUCAUUAUCUCUAACUUUAUUUGCUGGUUGUUUUCUAAAUUAUUGUAAAACCAUAGUAGAAAAGCAUGGUGUUACAGUUAAAAGCAUGGUGUUACAGUUUUAUUAUAUCUCUCCUCACAAAUUAUGUUAGGAAGUUGAAAAUGGUCUCGUCUUCUUGCUGGCUUUCUUGUACAGGGAAAAGUUGAAAAAGGAAAUAUAAGAAGAUACAUGAUGAUUUCAUGUCUUUCUUGUCUA